AUGAAACCUCUCAACACCGCCGACUUUGGUAAAGUCAUGAAACGUGCCUUCCCAAAUGUAAAGCCUCGACGCCUUGGACAACGUGGACAGUCGAAAUAUUGCUACAGCGGACUCAGAAAGAGGCUGGAGCUCCAGCCACCGUCGUUACCUGAUUUGGCAGAAGGAUUUGACCAGGCUGGAGUGGACGCUCAGAAAACUCAUGAAGAAGAAUUGAUGCCCGAGUGUAUCGCCCUGAUCUGUGAAUGGGCGGAGAACCUUCUUGGUCGCGGCUUCACGAACAUCCGCGACCUCGCAGAGCAUCUCCUUAGCAACCUGUACGUCAAUAGUAAAUCGACGGCAGCAUUUGCGCUAACGGCCGCCAUGCAGAAGACGAAGACUUCCGAUUCCAAAGUCCCCGUCUCAUCGCUAUUCGCCAGCAAGCCAGGCGGCGGCAAACACACUGACACACAGAUCCAGCUGCAACGCCGCAUCCAAGAACGUCAGCUCAUCGGCGAGCAGAAGAAAAAGAUACAACAACAAAGGGAAGAGAUCGGGAAACAAGAACCUGCCGAAUUGGGCAAUCGACGCCGAUCGAUAAAAACGAAACUCUUCAGUCCACCGGUUGGAACGUUUUCAUCAACGCAAACGACAGGGACGUCUUCAGUUUCGCAAGCUGGAUUCGGACCUAUGCAGGCUGGGCCUGUUGCGACAGACAUUUGUGAUUUCGGUAUGCAGCCGAAACCAGGGUCGAUAGCCGGUAUGCCCGAUGCUAUGCUUGGCCAGGACUGGAAGCAGUUACCGUCUUGCACGCAGAAUUUACUUCAAGGGAAUAUGCCAUCGUCUGGUCCACCUCCGUCAACGCUAGCUAUGACACGUUCUCAUUUGGAAUCAUCGCCAUCUAGUGCCUUCAUGCCGGUCGCCGGUAGUCCGGUUGGUAAGGGGAAACAAAACACUAGUGGGACGAGUACGUUAGAAGCGCUACUAAAUGACAAUCCGAUGAACAAAAUGAAAAUGCACCCAAUGGACCCUAAACUGAUGGGCCAUCUGCCGCCCGGACAAUUCCCACCUCAUAUCAAAAUGGAAGGCAAUAUACCAAUGGGCCACAUGCCACAUGGACCGAUGCAGGGACGACCGAAUCUGCCAAAUAUGUCGAUGGGACCUGGUCAUGAUAUACGACCGCCGAUGUCAGAGGCGGGAAUGAUUCGUGGACCUGGCGGAAUGAUGCCAGUAGCCCCACACCAGAUGCAUCAACAUCCCAUGGCGCCUCACCAACAGAGCAGCGCCCGGGCGCAAAAGUUAAAAUUCACGCCGAUCAAACCUAAAACGCCUUCAGGACACGCUGGAAAAACUGUUUCGGAGAUUCUUAAGGAUGUACGCGGUUAUGGACCUGAUGUUAUCGAUAGUCCGUUCUACAGUGAUAUGCGGCCUGUGAGUACGAUAUUGAAAGAAUCACGUGAUAAGAUGGGUGGUCCAGCACCACCUGGUAUGCAUCAAAUGACCCCGGCAAUGAAGCGUUCGCGGAAUAACAGUUCGGACGAUAUUCCGUCGCAAAAUGUUACAAAACGCCAAAUGAUGGAAAGUUAUGGUGAACAUUUACCCACGUCAGCUGCUCAGACGUUAUCCGGACGGGUACUCGAUGACGUUCAUAAUCUAGAAAAUGAUGCGCUAUUGGACUAUUUAGAUUCUCCUGGGGACCAGGAUGUCAAUCACCCGCCACCUCCUUAUCCUGGCCGCCCAUUAUCUCAAAGCAAUAUGCCUCCAAUGCAUCCUGGGAACUUUGUUACGCCGCAAGGACGUGCGAUCCAUCGGCAACAUUCGACUGGGAGACGAUCGCCGGAUCCUCAUAUGCAAAAUCCAAAUUUGUUCAUGAGCCCUAAACCGCAGAAGAUAGUCCGCAAUCCUGGUAAUAUGCCGAGCCCUGCACCUGGACAGCACGCACCAAGGUCAUCAGCCAGUUCCUUACCCUACCAAGAACAUCCACCGAUACAGACGGGAUCUAUGCCGCCCAACUUCCCUAAGAGUCACGGCAUGCCAUCUCAAGAUCCAGACGCACAGUUUGAGCUAUUCUUGAACCAGUCUCCACAGCGGAGCCCGGCAAGACGUAACUUCCCACCGCUGCCAGGUGAUCCGAUAUUUGAGCCGAGGAGUCAUUUUGAUCCGCAGAUGCACCGAGAUCAAGGGAUGCCCCGUGAUCAUCCGUAUCCAGGACCUGGGAACUUCCCCCCUCCUCCACAUUCGACUCCGCAUCUGAGUUAUACGCAGAGCGUCGCCAGCUACACCAUGACGCAGUCGCAACCUAGUCCGCACUCCAACCCGUCGUCUCAGUCUAGUCAUAGCCUCAUCAGUCCACGGCCGGAACCAUCACCGUUAGCGCCACCUAGCACCAGCCCGCCAACACCAUCGCAGAGCCAGCGGAGCUCAACGUCAACACCACCACCAUUGAACUCACCGCCAAGUCACGCCGAACGUGGCAACACGCAGGGACAGAACCCGAAAAAAUUCUCAAAUGUUCCUACGUCACAAAAUCAGCAGUGGUCAAAUGUGAAUGUAGAUUCGCCAUUCAGUGGACCACGCGGGCAACCUUCGACAACAUCUGCGCCUAAUUUGACAUUUACUGACGUCAUGCUCCAAUCUAAGGGCCUUGUGCCUCGUACCCCUAUCGUACCACCCCGCCCACCGGUGUCAUCUUUCGGCAUGCAUAACAUUACUGAUAGGAUUAGUAACCAGAUAUCGAACAUUGGGAACCAGAUCUUGUGUAUGACCACUCACGCGCCUUCAACGCCCGGAGUACAGCACUCGACGUUCUCACCGGCGCAGCACGGCGGUUGUGGCAUAUGGCCGAACAUUCAAGGUGCGUAUAGACAAUUAGCGACAGCUGUGACGCAUCAACCGCAUCAUCCAAUGAUGCCGCCCACAAUACGAACCGGUUUAACGCCGACCGGACUAACACCGCCGUCCGUGAAACGCAACUUGGGAGAAGCAUUAGACAAUUCAGCCGAAGGUGGUUUGAACAUAAGUGAUGACUUACAAUCGACUUUAGACGUGCUGCGUGAUUUCGAUACGCAGUAUUUCACGCAAGGUGAACAGGACAAUGAUGGGAAUAACUCCGGUUCAAAAGGACCGCAUCAAGGACUAAAUAUACCAAACAAUCCGCUAAGUGUCGAUUUCUCGCCGGGUAUCGCCGCUGAGUUCCCGAAUAUUUUUGGUCACGAGAAGCGCUCGACGUCCGAGAAUCAAGUGGUCCCGCCCGAGGGGAUGUCGCUGACGCCGGAAAGUGACAUUUUGUGUUAUGAUAACAUCGGAGUGCAGAAAUUGGCGAGAGUCGUGACGACGCAUUGA